UAUACCUUUACUCAUCUUCACAAUGUCAAGCUAUUACAAACUUCAUCUUAUACCUUUACUCAUCUUCACAAUGUCAAGUUAUUACUAACUUCAUCUUAUACCUUUACUCAUCUUCACAAUGUCAAGCUAUUACGAACUUCAUCUUAUACCUUUACUCAUCUUCACAAUGUCAAGCUAUUACGAACUUCAUCUUAUACCUUUACUCAUCUUCACAAUGUCAAGCUAUUACAAACUUCAUCUUAUACCUUUACUCAUCUUCACAAUGUCAAGCUAUUACGAACUUCAUCUUAUACCUUUACUCAUCUUCACAAUGUCAAGCUAUUACAAACUUCAUCUUAUACCUUUACUCAUCUUCAC